UAUUUAUGUCUGCUACGGCGUGUUUCAUACCAAUUCUAUCUCUCAGUUUAGAUUAUGCUUAUACAUUAAUGGUAAUUUCACUUAUUGGUCGUUUAUUCAUGAGUGCAGUAUUUGCAGUAGUUAUUUUGCAUACACUCGAACUAUUUCCUACUUCGAACAGAAGUACUGCACAGGGGUUGAGUUCUACAAUGGCAAAUGUUGGGUCAAUAUCGGCACCAUACAUAGUUGAUUUAUUGGGUGAUGUUGCUUGGCAAUUUCCUAUAGGUUUUUGUGGAGUAUUUGCAUUUAUUUCCGCAGUAUUGGUUUUAUUACUUCCUGAAACGAAAGGACGACCUAUGUGCGAUACGCCAGACGAUAUAGAUGGUCCAGAACAAGGAAAAGUUUCAAUAAAAAACAUAUCGUGUCGUCGACGUUCAUAAGAUAUUUUAAAAGCUUAUAUUCAAUUUUUAACAAU